UCAAAGUACAAAAAUAUUCAUUUGUUCUGUUCAUUGUUUGUUCAGAUUGGUAAUCUGCGCGUUGCAAUUUACAGUAAUCACAGAAUAAUCAACAUUCAACGUUGUAUAUCAGUUUGACCCGUGCGACCGCAACCCGCACAACUCGCGACAGAUCCGCACGAUUUACACGGCUCCAGUUCAAUCGCAGUUAUCGCGCUGCAGUAAAGUCCUCUUCUCGACCAUCCUCGCUGUGUGUGUGGUCAACGCAGUGUCGGUGAGUCGGUGUCGCGCGCGUGCAUAAAAUCGCGUGUGAUUCAUGUCCAGCGCGCUCCACACGUUCGUCGACGUGCUGCAAGUGCAUCCCGCCGGACACAGGUAGGCCCCCCAGAAAUAACCGGACCCGGUGCUGAUAACGCCAGGCCAGUGACACACACGAUCCGGGCUUGAAAUUCCCCAUCGGCGAUAUGGCUGACUCUGCCAGCGAGUCUGACUCCAGCAGUAUUGAUGGUGGACCCAUCAUGAUGCCGCCCAGCCCCAUCACGCGUGAACAGCUGCAGAAACGCAUCGAGAGCCUGCAGCAGCAGAACCGCGUGCUGAAAGUCGAGCUGGAGACGUACAAGCUGCGCGUGAAGGCGCUCCAGGAGGAGAAUCGUGGUCUACGUCAAGCCUCCGUGAUUAUUCAAGCAAAAGCUGAACAAGAAGAAGAAUACAUCUCAAAUACACUGCUGAAGAAGAUUCAGGCGCUCAAAAAGGAAAAGGAGUCGCUCGCACAUCAUUACGAACGCGAAGAGGAAUGCCUCACGAAUGACCUCUCCAGGAAACUCACACAGCUCCGGCAGGAGAAGUGCAUUCUCGAGCAAACACUCGAACAAGAGCAGGAGUGCCUUGUGAAUCGUCUCAUGCGCAAAAUCGAGAAGCUCGAGGCCGAGACGCUCGCCAAACAAAGCAAUCUUGAGCAAUUGCGACGCGAAAAAGUCGAAUUAGAAAACACUUUAGAACAGGAGCAGGAGGCGUUAGUAAACAAAUUAUGGAAACGAAUGGAUAAACUCGAGGCGGAGAAGCGCAUGCUGCAGAUCAAGCUGGAUCAACCAGUGUCCGAUCCGACGAGUCCCCGAGACAUUAACAACGGCGACACGGCGAGUAAUCUUUCAGCGCACAUUCAAACACUGCGUUCGGAGGUAGCGCGUCUCCGAUCGCAACUUUCGAUCAGCCAGCAGGAACACACGCUGAAGAUGCAGCGUUACGCCCAGGAGGAGCGUAACAUUCGCGAGGAGAACCUGCGUUUACAGCGUAAGUUACAAUUGGAGGUAGAUCGACGUGAGGCGCUCUGUCGACACCUUUCCGAGAGCGAAAGUUCGCUCGAAAUGGAAGAGGAGCGACACUAUAACGAGCAGGUGUUGGGCGUGCGCCAACAUACAGUGAGUCCAGUGCCGUACAAUCCGUCGCCGAGUCAAAGUCGUCCGCUAAGUCCAGGUUUUCCGCUGCAAGCACCAUCACCGCGUGAUUCUCUAAUUGUUUCGGCGUCGCGCUGUCAUAGUUGCGGGCAGCUGCAACCGCCCGCCGUCUGCGUGCCGCAGAAUCUCCACGCGGCCAACUCCAACUCGCCGCCAGCGCCGCCCCAUCGGCGCACCGGCGAGCGUUUCAUCAAGCCGGCCAUACCAGCGCCACAGCCCGCCAGCCCGAUGGACACCACCGUGAACAAAGAGUGAGAGUGCUGCGCCUUCUCCGACCAACAACAAGAUAAAAAAUCUAUGCUAACAAAGCACACACAUCUACACACACUCACACACAUGCAUACUACACUAAUAACAGACACAGAAAUCAUCGACUCAUAUUUCUAUUUUGAAGAUGCGCGCUUGGAUGAUGAUUUCUGUAGAAAUUCUCGCCCGUCAUGUUUGCAAUCGCUUCGGAUAUAAUUAACACUGUGUAGCUGGCUGUUGUUUUGCCUGUACUUAACGAUAAUGCGCGCCGGCGAAUCAGCUCAAGUUCAAUCGUCAAGUAUUGUAACUAUAAACACAAACAGAAACGUGAUGAAAAUUGAUUCGAAUUGUCGGGCCGCAAUCAAAUUGCCUCGAGCCUCGAGUUUGCGCGCUAAUCAUGUAUUAUUAUCACUACAUAUUAUUAUUAUUAUUUCGUCUUACUUAGUAUUUUAUUAUUGUUUAUUGCACAUGGCGUUCUUUGUUUGUUGCGCGCUCGCGUUCUUUUUUUUUUUAAUGUUUAGCGGCUCUUGCGAUGAUGAUGAUGAUUUUUCUUUUGUAUUUGUUUCCGCCCGCAAGAGCUUGAAAUCUGUUCGUUUUUGUGAUGCUCUUGCAGCUAAAAACACUCUUAGGUAUACGCGUUACACUCCAUGAUAAUAUUGUCGUUGUUACCACAACACAACUAAAACAAAGAAGAAAAUUUUUGCGUCGUUGAUUAUCAAAUGAUCUAUCAUUUUUUAUAUUAUAAUGUAUGAGCUGAAAAUGGAUAUGGAUUUGUUUGACGCUUUUGUUUGCGCUAUAUAUCUUCGUUGAGGAAUUUGCACAUUCCAAGAGAGAAAAAAAACCUAGCAACAAAUUGUUAUUCAGAAAGAUGUAAAGUUUUGCGAUUUGCUUCGAUUUGCUAUUAUUAUUAUUAUUAUACAGAACUUUUCAAUGGUAAACGUAAGCACACACGCACUGUCUGUAUAUCAACACACUUGAAACUCUUAGGUACGUUUAACGUUUAAGCAGAUUUAAGCCGAGAACAGUGUCAAAAUUGAAGUGAUAUUAGCUGUUAAUCGUGUACAUCGGAGGCGUAUCGCUUUCGGAUUCAGAUGUGGCUGCGAUUACGAUUACUUGUGUGUGUGAUGUGCAUAUUCCAGGCUUGAAUCGUUGAGGAUUGUAGCGAGAGUAUUUUUCGGCUAUAAUUACAUACUAUUAACUGCUAAGUUUGUGUCAUUCGAAGAAAAGUGCAUAUUAUAUGAGUUAAGCAAA